AUCUGAUCACAUCAAUUUUCAAAAAUCCCACAGAAAAUUACAUCUGGAACCAGUUAUGUCAGAUUCUGAUCUCUCUUUUCUCGAUUCAAUUCAUGACCACCUUCUUCAAGAUUCUAAAAUUUCUGAGGGUACCACUGAGAAGGUGAAAAAGGAGUUGGUGGUGGUGGAUGGGACUCACGCGCCGUCGGGGUGGAGGAAGUUUCGGGGCGUCAGGCGGCGGCCAUGGGGAAAGUUUGCCGCUGAGAUAAGAGAUCCGGCGAAGCGUGGCGCUCGGGUGUGGCUGGGGACGUACGGGUCGCCGGAGGAUGCAGCUUUGGCUUAUGAUCAAGCAGCGUAUAAGAUGCGUGGGUCUCGAGCUAUGUUAAAUUUCCCGCAUCUUAUCGGCACCAACAUGGCGGAGCCGGUGAGGGUGGCUCCACGGCGGAGGACCACGGAGGUUGUUGUGUCUGCGCCGUCGUUUCCCUCAGAAGAAGAUGGUGGUUUAAAACGAUCAAGAACAAGUAGUAGUGACGCUACCACGGUGGAUGAAUCCAUUAGCAGGCCAUAUUAACACCUUGAGAUCAUUUCGCAAAUUGUUCAUACAUUUAACU